CAAACCACUCGGAGCAGCUUUAAAAGCCGGCCUGUGAAAGGCUUAUUCUCAAUCAGUCUGAUCUCCCUUAGGAAAUGCUAAGGAAACAAGCAUUUCCCACAAGUCGUUAUGAAGUCAUUAGGCCGUUGCCCUCAUCCUGUGGAGUGAGCUCUAACUGAGCAUGCAUUAAUUCCAUUACAAAACAUAUACCAAGUCACUAAUCUGCAGGGUUUGUUAUCUGACUGGCGUUCCGGAGACUCGAAGUGGACUAAGCUGGAAGUAGACCUCUGCUGUGACCACCACUGGAGUGAAAAUAACCAAACGCACUGGGCGGAGGGUCAGAGAAAAAAUACUGGUUAACAUGAUGGAGUAGCUUCAGCUUGAACAACCAAUUCCUUGAGCCCUGAACACCCCCCUCGCUGACAUGAGUGAUGCUGCUCCCUGGCACUGCUUUUGGCAGCCGCGGGAGUCCUUAAGCAAAGCGGGUGCCAGUGCGUGGGUUUUGGUGGGGUCAUCUAUCUAGGCAUGAGUGUGGACAAUGUCAUGCCAAAGCGCUAAGAAUAUCAGCAGUGACGGCCAUGGUCUGGAUAUUCCAGUUGGAGAGACAGCAAGGUGAAGAUGGAGUUACAUAGAGGUGUAAAAUAGGAAACUGGACAUCUAGUACACAGCUGGAGCUGUACUGUAUGUGGUCAGAUGGGUAUGGCAUGAUUAUGUGUGUUAAGUCAUAGGUCAAGAAUAUUUUCUUCGAGUGCAGAUCCAGAAAGAGAAAACUCUCUUCAGUGUGAAUGGGCAUGUUGUUCUGACUGUGACCUCAGACCCACAUAUCUCCCGUUAUUGAGUAAAGCUGGGUUCAGUUUUCACAGACAUCCUUAGAUCCUUAAAGGAUUAAGACUCCUGACUAAAAGUCGCCCAGUUUUUCCCUUUGUGCGCCAAAGUUGAUGACUUUGCAUUAGUUGUCUGUCCCAUGUUACAAAGUUAUAGUCAUAUUGACUGAUGUCAUCCAAUGCUUCCUGCUUUAGUUCUUUCUCAGUUUGUCAGAGGCUUUGUUCAUAUGUGUGUUAACAGUCUACGGCCAUCAGAUAUUCAAAACUCUAACUAUUCACGUGCUUCAUGUGGUUUCGAUUGCCGUUUCUCUACCAUUAAGUGAGAGAGUUAUUCAAAGUAUCAUAAGCGUUCCAUGUCUGAGAUGAAAAGAGAAAAAGGAUAAAACCAAGCAGGAUGAGAGAAGGCUAGUGGUUUGUUGUUGCAAAGUGGCUGAAUUGAUUGAUCUCAGUUUAUAUAAGGCUCUUAAUGUGUUUUUCUCUAAUGAUGCUUCUUUAAAACAAUUAUCUUCCAUCCCACAGCCACUCGGGUCAGGUCCACCAGCAGUGCUGGUGUGUGUGGAGGUGUGGAGUUCAAAUAUUAAGUAACAAGUAAACUUCUCCUCUGGUUGCGGUUCAGACGUUCUACCUCAUGCUUCACAGGUCAAGCUAUGGCACUGACCUCUGACCUCCCAUAGCAUUUCUGUGCUCUCCUGGUGGUUCUCUGUGAGCCGGUGUCAGUCCCCCUCCAUGAGAGGUAAUGGAGAUUCUGACGUCAGGGGGCAGCGCUCCUUAUAAGCACCUGACCCUCCACGUCAUGCCACGCUCCCAAUAUGAAAAGCGUGUGAUUGUUUUCCGAAUGGGACUGCUUGCACAGAUAGUAAACCGGGUCUAUAUAUCGUGGAUGGGGGUCUUUUCUUCAUUCAACUGAGAGCAGACGGAGUGUUUGCAGCUCCUCUCCACAUCUAACAUGGAGGUGGAAUCCUGUGCAGUGGAAGUGUGCCGCCAUGCAGCCUCGCUGCUGGCCCGUCUGAGACUUCAGCGCAAACAAGCCCACUUCUGUGACUGUGUGCUCCGACAUGAGCAGAACUCAGGUCUGCUCUACCCUGCUCACAGGUGCAUUCUGGCAGCCUCCAGUCCUGUGUUGGCGUCUCUCCUAUCCUCUAGUGGUGCCUUGGUAGAACUGCAGGAGUCAUGGCUCUCUGACUCAGUGUUAGCGCCUCUUUUGGACUACAUUUACACCGGGACUUUGCCACACACUCUCAACCAGGGGCAAUAUUGCAGACUGCUCACUGCUGCCGGCCACCUGCAGAUGAAUGAACUGCAGGAAUCUCUGAGAGAAGCUUGGAGACAGACUGAGAUGAAGGCCGCAGAUGACGUCAGUGCUUCCAAUUUGAAGGCCUCUGGUGACCCUCCAUCAUCACCCAGCACAAAUUCUUUUGAAGAAUCAAGUAAACCUUCUUCAUCUGAAGUGAAAAUGUUUGAUGAAGCACAUAAGAACUCGGCAAGUAUGGAUUCCAGCAGAGACUUUAGACAAAUGACACAGCAGAAUUCUGUGCAAAGUUCCCCUCUCACCGAUGGAGUGCGUGAAGUUUCUGGAGAUAAUAAAGAGGUGCUUGAGGACCAGUUCCAUUCAUCUGGUUUAAUGAGACCAGAGGCCUGGCAGAGGUACACAGGGGAAGAGCUGUUGGUAACGUGUGAGGACAGAGGGAGCUCAUCCUCCUUGUCACAUCCGUGCUGUGGGGCAGUGCCUGUCAUCUGUCACGGCAGCAGAGCCACUGCCUGCCAGCUACCAGAGGUCUGCUCUGUGCUUCCUCGCCUACCAGCAUUCCAGUCCUCCAUCAGCUCCGGCAUAGUGCCAGACACAAAUUCAGCCUCGUCAGAAAGUAUUACCCCCAGUCACAACAAUCUGGUUGGACCACAUUAUCAGGACUCCGACCAAAAUGAAAUGCAUAUUGUGUGUGAUCCUCCUCCUGUGUUGAAUCUUGGCUACAAAAGAAGACACCACCUGACGGAUCAGUUUGUGAUAAGUCACAGUAAGAAUUUGGCUCACCUCCCAGUUCAAAAUCAUCAGCCUGCCCACUGUGAUUAUUUUCAGCCUAAAACAAAACCUCUUGUGGAGGAUUUGGUGCCGCCCAAUAAGGACUGGAGCUCCGAUGGUGUUCAUUCCAAACACCAACAAUUGAGCUGUUUUGAAAUCAGCCAUGUCUCCACGGCAACUUCAAAAGAGGAAGAAUCACAAGACUGGGAAUCUGAUGUUUCACUUCCUACUGAGGACUCAGACACGGGAAACGACUCACUUUGUGAAGACUUGUGUAUCGAGAUGAAAGUGAAAGAAGAACAUGGUUACUCCUUCACCACUGACAUGAAUGUGCACAGCAGAAGCUAUGGGGAUAAGCUGAAUAGAUGCCUAAACAUGUAUACGGCAGAAAAAAGCAGAACAGAUGCAGCCUCUGGUCAGCAUGAGUUUGAUCCAAAUAUUAGAUAUACAGCGAUGCAGCACAGAGGACAGAGAAUGGAUUUGUGUCUGCCACUUACCACGCCACUGGAAUCAGGUUUGGACAUCCCUGAGAGCAUCACAUUUCUGGAGCCGAAACAAAUCUUGGGCACUAAAACCGUUGCAACACCCAUGGACACAAGAACAUCUGACACAGCAACUAGUACCAAAGUUGAGCCGUACGAUGAACAUCCUCAUUCUCACUGCCAAACACAGGAGGAAACACAGUUUUCACACAGAUACUCUCAGCAUGCUAACUCCCAUCACUCACUCGAGCUGAAUGGUGGGAGUUACCAGGCUGGUUCCUUUAGCAUUCCAUGUCAGAGUUCCCCAAAGCCGUACUCUUUUACGGAGAUUCCAGACCUGGUGGAUACUGUCGCUCAAAGCCCCGGGCUGGCUGUGCCCUGCCAACACAGAUCUGACACAGAGGAGAAAGGAGUCGGUAAAAGAGACAGAACUGAGGCUUUAAUUGGGGUCCCUGAUAAAGCCCAUAGCAGUAAAGUCAGAAAAGGGACUACAUUUGACUCUGAGUGUUUUGAUGAGACUAAUGGGAAGAUGAAUGUUGAGGAAAGAAAAUUUGUAGGGAAAGACCGCAGCAGGCGAGGAGGGCAGGUCCCCCAAAAAGCCAGGUUCAUGGAGGCCCCCCCCCUGGCCACAGGUGAGAACGCAGUCAGCACCCGCCCAGUCCGUCCGGCUCAGAGGGUGCCGGCCUCUGCACAGGCCUCCAUGUGCAUACCCUCCACCAUUUCAGCCAACAGGCCCGCACAUGUGCCGUCCCCUCCUGCCCAGCCCUUCCAGUGCUCUCUGUGCGAGCGCUCCUUCAGCCAGCGAGGCUCUCUGAACAGACAUGUGCGGAGCCAUCUUGGCGUACGGCCCUUCUCCUGUCCCUGCUGCCCCAUGACCUUCUCACGCCAGUACCGUGUCACCGAGCACAUGCGCGUUCACCAGCGCUGUGCUCUCGGGAAUGACUUUCACAAGUCUGCAGACUCUUCCAUCAGAGACAAUAAGCACAACUGAGGAUUUUUUAUCUGAAUAUAUUUCAACAGUGCAGCAGUGAAUCUUAUUCGAGGAUGCAACCCCUCCAGUCCACCAGUGCCUCAGCUCUAGAGAAUUUGUAUUAAUCUUUUACUUGGUUUGCUUUUUUAAAAUUUUUAAAUAAAGAUAAAGUUUGGUUUUUAUUUCCUCUGAAUGCCGCAGAUGAUGUCAGUGCUUCCGAUGUGGUACGAGACUUAUCAGCCAUGUAAACCAAACACUUCUGUCCAGCUGAAUUUUUUUAAAGCUAAAAACUACAGGACUUUAAAAGUAUGUGUGACUUUUAGAUAUUUGAAUUCACAUCCUGUUAUCUGUGGCCAACCGACUUAUUAAAUCAGAUUGAAACAAGAUGUAUUUUGUUGAACUUUUUCAUGUUAUUUUGUUGUGUUUCAGACCAGUACAAUUGGAGAUUUUGUGGCUUUGUCAUAUUUUUGGGGACAUUUCUGACCCCAUUCUUUGGUUGAUGUUACCACUGGAACUAAAAAACAACACUAAGCGAUAUCAUGUUGUUGUCAGAAAUCUGCAUUUCCUUGUUUUGUCACAUUUAAAUCUAUUUUCUUCCUAUGAUUUAGACUUGUUUGUUGUAUUUAAAUGUUGUGACUCCAUUCCAUUCAUAAGUGUAG